AUGUUUGCUUCACAAUUGCUGAGGAUUCUUCAAACCAUCCCAAGUGAUGAUGUGAAGUAUGACACCUGUGUUUCCUCCGAAGAAGACGCAACCAUGAAAGAAACUCUGUGUUCAAAGCUUUUCGAAUCCAAUUUUGGCGGUAAAGAAGUCUACCCGUUAGAUGGUAUCCAAAGGGAAACUGAUAUCUUACACUUUGAGGAAAAGGGGAAUUAUGAAAGUUGGAACCCGAAAUUCGUGGAUGAAUUCCCUUCGGACCAUCAAAACGAACCCCAAAAUCUAACCGGAAAUGAAUUUCAAGGUGGACCAUUUUACCCUUCAGAUUCUAACGAAAAUCUGACGGCAGCUGAAGAUUCCUCGAAUAUCAACAAAAUUGAAGAAGUCAAAGAUUUGGUUUUGUCCGAGUUAAUCAUUUGCUGUAACAAGGAGAUCAACGUUCACGCUGUGAAGGACAUUUGCAUGGAUGAAGGGCCGCCUCUGAGUGAGAGAAAAACGAUCGAAAUUAACGAAAACGAGCAGCCGCAUGGUCGAUUUUGCCCCUGUCCUCUCGAGGGAAAUAGCUCUUGUGUGGCUAAUGAGACGGAAAAUUUUGCAUCUGAUGAAUCAAAUUCGUCGUCACUGAAUUGCACGAAAGGUGUCAGCGGCGACGAGCGCGGGAGAGCGAAAUUGUCAUCCGAAAGUGAUUCUGUUGGGGAAUUAAUGCCGAAAGUUGAUACAAGUUGGGUUGAAACUGACAAGACUCGCAGCCAUUGUUCGGCUGAUCAGAAUAAUUCGUUUGUCGAACGAGCACUUCCGAUUCAAGAAUUCGGCACGAGGAGUUUUCUAAGGUCGUUUAUUACUUCUUUAGACAGUGAAGGGAAUAGUAAACGCGAACGGUUCUUGCCAGAUCAUCAGGUCACUCUAAAGGAAAACGUGCAAACGAGCGUUUUACCUUACAAUAGUAAAGUCGAAAGCAAGAGCAUUACUUUCGAUUUCGAUCCCCCAUUGUGCGAGGGGACAGCUGGCGGCAUAUUAAACGGCGAGCCAGAAAAUUCAAAUUCCUACAGAUUUUCAGAUUCCAUUCAAGUCCAGAACACAGGCACUGAAGAGGGAGAUGAAGAAUCCUUACAAGUCGAAAAUGGAGUUAUCAAUGGUAAUGAAACAGUUGUGGACCAAGAAAAAUAUGAACAUGAUGACGAGUCGAGCUUUUCAAAUGGCGGUUUUGUCCCUCAGUCGGGGCUGAUACCGUUUUCCGGAAGCAUCUCUUUUCGGUCGGACGGCAGUGCAACCAGUGGCAGAUCUUUUGCUUUCCCAAUAUUACAGUCCGAAUGGGCCAGUAGCCCGGUUAGAAUGACGAAAGCGGACGGCAGGCAUUUAAGGAAGUCCAAGUUUUGGCGAUCGGGCCUUCUAUGCUGCAGAUUCUAA